AUGUCUCGAUCAAUGGAUGAGGAUUUUACAUAUUUUGUAAAAAUUGUUGAUGAAGAUGGUGAUCGAUAUUAUCUUAAAAGUUCAAUUGAUGAAAGAACAAAUACUAUAUUAAUGCAAUUAACUAAUUUAAAAGUUGGAUGGAUAGGAACAUUAAAUCAACAUCAAGUUCGAGCAUUAGCAAAAAAAUUUCCACAUGAAGAACAUGAUACAUUUUAUUCACAUACACAACGUGCUUUUUCCAAAGGAAAUCAUUCUGAAGCUGAUGGAAAAACUUAUGUUUUUACUUGUAAAAAACUAGAAAAAAAUCGACUUGAAUUCGUAUGGAAACAAAUGGUCGAUGAUCUUAAUUCAUUGAAAAUUAUUGGUAAUGCUGAAUUGCAAGAACGACCGAUCGAAGAAGUAUUAGCUAAAAUGAUGGAUCAUUCUAUUGAUGAAAUGGAAACAUUACGAUCAGCAAAUGAACAAAAAAUUUUUGAAAUUCAACGUAUUAAUGGUCAACUGAAUAAAGCUCUUGAAGUAUAUUUAAAAAAAUAA